AUGGGUGGCGAUGUCAAGAAGCUUGUCAAUGAUUAUGGCAUCGACUUUAUCCAUAGCACGCCUUAUUACGCUCAAUCCAAUGGUCAAGCGAAGGCCAGUAACAAGAUCAUCAUUACUCUAUCGAAAAAACUGCUCGUGGAGAACCCUCGCCAGUGGCAUGACACAUUGUACGAGACGUUAUGGGCUUAUCGUACCUCUAAGUGGAACCCUACGGCAACCACCCCUUAUGCAUUAAUGUUUGGCCACGAUGCAGUUCUCCCUUUGGAGAUCAAUGUUCAAUCUCUACGCGUCCAGGAUCAACAACAUUUGAUUGGGGAAGAUUAUGUCCAGGCUAUGUGGCAUGAAGACUUUAGGGGGAAGCGCUUAGAGGCUUUGGACACCUUGGUCAUGGAAAAGCAGCGGAUCGCUCACGCCUACGAUAAGAGGACGCGUGGUCGCAGUUACAAGGAGGGUGAAUUAGUUUGGAAAGCCGUCCUUCCAUUUGGCGAAAAGUUGACUGGCCGCGGUAAAUGGACUCCUCGCUGGGAAAGACCUUUUGUUAUUCACUGCAUUCUAGAGCGCAGGGCUUUUCACCUCAAAGAUUUAGACGGCAACCUCCACUGCAACCCCAUUAACGGCAGGUUCCUCAAGAAGUAUUACCCCAGUGUUUGGGAAUUUGAAGACCCACUGGCUCCAGCAAGUCCUGGGACAGGUGUAACGUCCCAAACCUAA